CCGUCUUGUUCCUAUGCUGACGCAGAUGCCGGAUUUUGCGAGCCAUUGCGGGAUUGCAGCAGUUUAAAACUACCGAAUAACCUACUGCAUUGCUCUACCGCUUGGCCAGUACCGUCCUCCCCGCUUGCGUCAUUGGACGGUGCUCAGAUCUCCAUUCCGCUUGCCUCGGCUUAGCCGCAACACCCGGACGCCCGUCCUCGACUCCACGCCCGACUACGCCCGGGCCCUGAUCCGACGCGCCCAGCGGUAGCCGGCACUUCCAACACAGCAACCGAAAGCGCGCCCUUUCUGCUCCCAUGCUGCACGCCGCACGACCAGAGCAUCAUCCACCGUGUACCAUUGGCGCAACCUGAGCCGCCAACAUGUCGUGGAAAAAGAGCGAGCGCCUGAUGGAGACCAUCCGGCACUAUGCCAGCUUCCCAGCGACCGGCGUGAGCCUGCGCCAGAUGGUCCAGUUCGGCGAGAAGCCGUCUGCUGGGACCCUGUUCCGCGCCUCGCAGUUCCUCGCCGAGGAGCUGCCCAUCCGGCUCGCCCAUCGCGUCCAAGAGCUCGAGACGCUUCCGGAUGGCCUGAAUGAGAUGCCGUCGGUGAAGAAGGUGGCCGAUUGGUAUGCGCAGUCGUUCGAGGAAAUCACCUCGCUACCCAGACCAGAGCUCAGCAAAGACGUGCGGGAGAGAUUGAUGAGGCCCUCGAGGAACGCAGGAAAGGGCACUUCAUGGCUGAGUGAGGCAACACCGAACCCGAGCAUCGAAGAGGGACAGUACAACUCGUUCAACGGCAACGGCAACGGCAAGAACAAGUUCGCCGCGACGAGGAGGUAUUUUGCAAUGGUGGACGACACGGGCGACUGGCCGCCCGAGCUGCAGCUGUACAACCAGAAGUUCGCUCAAACGCUGCGCCGAGUCAAGCGGAGACACGACAGCGUCGUCACCACCAUGGCACAGGGCAUCCUCGAGUACAAACGCAAACGGCAACGGAUGCAGAUCGACAACAACAUACAGUCCUUCCUGGACCGCUUCUACAUGUCUCGCAUUGGAAUACGUAUGCUCAUCGGCCAGCACAUUGCUCUGACGGACCAGAGCCACCACCGCGAUCCGUCCUAUGUCGGCAUCAUCUGCACCAAGACGUACGUCAGGGAUCUGGCCCAGGAGGCCAUCGAGAACGCGCGCUUCGUCUGCGAGGACCACUACGGCUUGUUUGAGGCGCCCAAGAUCCAGCUCGUGUGCGAUCCAAACCUCAACUUCAUGUAUGUGCCAGGUCACCUGUCGCACAUGCUCUUCGAGACGCUCAAGAACUCGCUGCGCGCCGUCGUCGAGACGCACGGCCAAGAUAAACAAGAGUUUCCCGUCACCAAGGUGAUCGUGGCCGAGGGCAAGGAGGACAUCACGAUCAAGAUCUCGGACGAGGGCGGCGGCAUCCCGCGGAGCGCCAUCCCGCUGGUCUGGACCUACAUGUACACCACCGUCGACCGGACGCCGAACCUUGACCCGGACUUUGACAAGAGCGAUUUCAAGGCGCCCAUGGCCGGGUUCGGCUACGGCCUCCCCAUAUCACGCCUGUACGCGAGGUAUUUCGGUGGUGAUUUGAAGCUCAUCAGCAUGGAAGGCUACGGCACGGACGUCUACCUCCAUCUGAACCGCCUAUCAAGCUCGUCGGAGCCGCUGCAAUAGGAAUUCGCAGUCAUGAGGGGGACUGGUACGUCUGCAUCGCCCCGAGGAUUGACGCUGCCAAUGCGAUACCUGAUGCGCAAGCGCCUCAAGAACCCGGCCCCGCUCGAGAUCCCCGAGCGCAGGCAGGUCGGCGACGUCGAGGCCAUUUUCGGAUCGUCGCCGUCGGAGGGCGAGGCUACCCACCGCCAGCAGCAGCAGUCUUAUUACCCGGCUCGUGGCAGUGAUAGUGAGCUUUGAGACAAGAGUUCUUGCUACUGCUUACCGCUGCUACCGCUGCUGCUUACACACACGAUUGGCGAGAUGUUAUGAAAAAGGUUGGGUCGGACGGACUUGGCUGGCAGAGCCUUUCUCGGUCAAAGAACCGCAUGCCCAACCAAUUUUUUUUCCCCCCAACCCGUUUGAACUUCUAGUAGAUCGGCUGAUUCUGGGGUUAUGGAUGGACAUACACUGAUUGAUGUCGGCACGACCUAAAAAAAAAAUUCUGC